AAUGAGGGUAUAAAUACCGCCAAAGUUUUCUUCUUAUGGCAACCAAUUGGUGUUUUUGUUAGAAUUUAUUCUGUAUCAUUUAUUUAAAAUUUUGGAAUUGAAUUGGUAAAAGAAUAGGUUUCAGUAGAAAUUAUCAUCAAAUACCAAACAAGCUGGUUAAAAUAUAUUUCACAAGGAACGUCGGUCAUCGUUACUGCGCAGGAGAGCUCUUUAUGAACCUUACCCCUUGCACAGUGAUCUGACCUUGCUUUGUGUAGCAUGGCUGCAAGAAAUGUCAGGUUCCCCCUACAAAGGCUCGUCAAAACAGUAAACCAGUUGAAACCGAACUCUGCAAUGGCUACUCAGGCGAGGGACAUUUCCGCAAACUUUAAUGCGAGAAACGACAUCAUGCUACCGAAAGGCACCUUUGAAGGCAAAGUUGCAUUUGUCACAGGGGUAAAUGUCAUCUAUAUAUUUCUUAUUACUGUUAUUAUAGCAAAGAUACAUAGCAAAAAACAUGUGACAACUAGAUGUGUUGGUAAUCAAGCAGCCACAGUUAAAAAGUGUUUUCUUGAUCCCAAUAUACAUGGUAGGCUAAAGCUCACUGACUGGUUGGCUAAAAGUAUUUUCCAAAUUAUCUGUUUCAGGAGAUAUGAUGUAUUGAAGAAAACGGCUGAUGAAAUUUCAGGCGAAACUGGGAAUCAGGUGUUUGCCGUUCAAGGUGAUGUUAGAGAUCCAGAAUCUGUAAAGGCAGCAUUGGAUGCAGUAGAAGCUGAGCUUGGAUUGCCAAAUAUUGUCAUUAACAAUGCAGCUGGAAACUUUAUCUCCCCAUUUGAGAGAUUAUCUCCAAACGCAUUUAAGACUGUCAUUGACAUUGUACUUAAUGGAACUGCAAAUGUGACACUUGAUGUAGGCAAGAGACUUAUAAAGGCUAAGCAAGGGGCAAAUUUUCUCAGUAUAUCAGCAAUAUAUGCAACAUCCGGAUCUGGUUUUGUAGUGCCUUCUGCAGCAGCCAAGGCGGGAGUAGAAGCAAUAACAAACUGAAGUCAGUUGCACACUUACCUUGGAAGGCAUUCAUGUACAAGGCCUUCAACACUUUUAUUGAUGACAUAUUUGCAUUUAUCAUCACAAUGCCUACAGCUCACAGACUAGCCUGUUUCAGAGAUGAUGUUGUUUUUAUGAUCUACCUUUAUCAGAGAUGGUUAUACCCAAUUGACAAGUCCAGAGUAAAUGAAUUUGGAAUGUCAUAUGAAGAUCAAAAGGAAAAGAAGGAAUAGAUUGUAUUUUACAUUUUUCCCCAAAAAUUUAUUGUAGUCUCUUGAAAAAUUAUUGUUAAGAAAAUUGUUUUAUCUGAUAAUAAUCCAUGAACUUCUUAAGUUGCAAAAAUUGGUGACCUUUUGUCUCUAAGUAUUACUUUACAAAAACAAGAAUUUGUUCUGUUUUUGACACUGCAAUUUUUUUAUUGGCUCUUAGGAUAUUAAAGUGCAUUUGCAUUAUUGUUGGGAAUCAUAAGGACUUCUUGGUAUGUAAUCAAAUUGUCAUCAGAAAAGUAGCAGUUAGCUUUGAAACUAGAGGUAGGAGCAAAAAUAAGAGCUAUUUGGAGGAGUUUUGACAGGACCAACUCUUGACAUAAAAGGACAGAUGUUUGUUGAUGUAUUCAAAAAACCAAGUUUACCUUAGCAGGAAUCAGGAUAAACUUUUUCAAGUCCACAUAUUCUUCAGACCAACAGUUUAAAUUAUUGGGGGAGAGGGUGUGACUGCCAAUAAUUUGUGCCUUGGGAUCUAGGUGUAGCAUCCAAAAUCAAACUGGAAUGUGCUUGCCAGGGAAAUACUUCACAUGAAUCAGAUAAUUAUUGGUUUGCCACAUGAAAACACAUAAAGGCAAAAAUAUAAAUGGAACCAAUCAUGUUUGGAAUGAAGAUUGAUAAUUUCCCAAUUGUAGUUUCUCUAUUGAUCAAUUUCUUGAAGAUCAAGAUAAUGACAGAACAAAAAAGGAUGACUGCAUUUUAUCGCAAUUUGAAAAUUGGCUCAAUCCAUGUUGCAAAUGUUUUGUCCUGAACAACAAGGUCAUAUUGUAAGGGCAACAAUGCAUUGUACAGGUGGACUCCUUGUGAAACAUUACAACAAGAAAUUUUAAGCAAUUCAGAAUUACAUCCACUGGCAGAAACAAAUUGCUUUGUAUCAAAGAGAUAUAUGAGCUUAACCACCCUUGUGCACAUCCAUGAACACCAUAAUGCUCUAAUUUACAAUACAAAAUGUUAUGAUAAACAGUGUCAUCGCCUUUUGUAGAUCAAUGAAGAUAAUCCAGCCAAUCUUUUUAUUAUAAAGUGUAUUCUUUACAGUCCUUUCAGACUCACUAGACCAUGAGCAAUUGAAUGAUUUUAUUAAAACCCAUAAAACCCAUUGUAGUGAGAAGAGAACACCAUGUAUCACAAGGAAUCUAUAGUCUCUUGUACAUUAACAUUCCAUAAAUUUGCUUGAGGCUGAUUUAAAAGAAGUUGGACUAUAGUUUGAUGGUAUCUUGGGAUUUCCUUUUUGAACUAUGAAAUCACCUUGCCUAUCUUAAUUGAGUUAAUCAUGAAAAAUACAAGAUAAGCAGCAUAUCAAAAAAUAAAAGAGACAAAUACCACAAGCAGACAAGAAAAUAAAUGAAAAAUACAAUAUUUACUAGACAAGAGUUCUUUUUAAUCUUUUAUACAUAAUCUGCCCAUAGGAUUUUUUUGCUUAAUAUGGGAUCUAGAAAGUCAUCACUGCUAUAAAAUCCAGCACUCUGUUCGCAAUAUGGGAACCUCAGUUACCAUCCUCUGUCAAAUGCAUCCAAUCCAAAGGAAACUGACUUUUCAGUAAACGCUUUAUUUUUCCAAUGGUGUGUAAUUCAGCAGCUUCUCGAUCAGAUCGACGUGAGCAAGCAACAUUCUCCGACAGCAAUAUCUUUUAAGGCCAAGCGAAUCAAGGGCUUCACCUUCAGAGAACUCUGACUGCAACAGACCAAGAUAACUUUCCCAUUUAUUUCCAAUUACUUUACCACAAGUAAAACACCUGAUUGGUAUGAUCAUGGUUCAAGUUAUCUCUUUCGGUAACGGCUUGUAUGAGUAUGAAGAAACUUUUUAACGGGAAAUAUUAAGGAUCAGCAAUGUUGAUUCAGUGCAGUUCCUUGGCUUAAACCUUCAGAAAAUAUCCUUCUUCAAUUUAUUAUUUAUUUUUUCCAGUUGUCUCUAUU